CGUGAGAAAGCGCAAGCAAGGCAAAAAGGCGGGCUGGGCUGGACCUGCAGCAGCCGUGCAACCGUCGCUCCGGCUCAACUUGCUCUCGGGCUGCGUUGCCGUGUCUCCGUAUCCCGUCUUGCGUCUCCGUCUCCGUCUCCACACUCAGUCACCCCCUCGUCCCCUCACGACUGCCCUUGGAAUCGCAGCUAGCCUUGGAGUUCCAAGCUAGCCCAUCGUCAUCCUCUCAACAUGGCCACCUCCCACCCCUUGCGCAUUCAAAUAGCCUCGUACAACUUCAACCUGCAAGGCACCACAACGCCCUUCCCCGACUUGCAACGCUGGUUGAUCCCCACCCUCUCCGAGACACGUCCCGAGUAUAGCUCCACCUCUCUCACCUCUGGCCGUGAAGCGCCUGACAUCUAUGCCGUCGGCUUCCAGGAGCUGCUGCCGCUGCACCAUGCAUUCGCUGAUGAUCAAGAGGCAAAGGAGGUGCGGCAGCACACGGCUAGGGAGAUCAGGAGGGCUGUGAGACAUCAUGCUGCGGUUACGCGGCAGGACGGGGUGUAUCCUGAGGGCGGCGGGCCCGAGGACUACACUUUGCUGGCUGAGGUACAUCUCGUGAGCAUCACCCUCUUCGUCUUUGGGCGUAAUCGCUCAGGAGUGCCGCAGCGACUCAAGGAGGCGCGCGUGGCAAGUGCCUCUACUGGUAUCCUCAACCUGCUGGGCAACAAGGGAGCCGUCGGCGUACGAUUAGUCCUUUCUGCUCAAGGCGAAGGGGAAGACGAGGUGAUCACACUCGUAUGUGCUCACUUGGCCGCGCAUGACCACCAAGUGGAGCGACGCAAUGCCGAUUUCAAGAACAUCGUUAGCAGACUGGCAUUCACGCCUCAGUCCACCUUGCCGCUCCCCGACCCGCCGAUCGCAGCUCCCCAAACUGGCGAGGAUAUGGAAAAGGUCAAGGAGCGCUACCAACAGGACGUGGACAGCCAACGCGCAAUUGGAACGCAAAAGCCAUCCAAGCCCCUGGACAAUCAGACGUACACUCUCUACGAUUCGCACCACGCCUUCUUCUUCGGCGACCUCAACUAUCGUCUCGGCCUCGAAGGUGGCAAGAAAAACAAGGAGGGCAAAGAGGGAGCUUCCUCAUCUGCCGCGGGGUUGAGCAAGCACGACGUCCGUCGCAAAGUCUCUCAGCAGGACUAUGCGACUUUGGCCAAGCAUGACCAGCUCGCUCGAGAGCGCCAAGCUGGCAAGACGCUGCAAGGCUUUGUCGAGGUGGACGUCGGGACGGCGUUCGGGCCGACGUACAAGUUCAAGCCGCAACGGCGAGAGGGGAAGGGAAAGGGUAAAGAAGGGACUGGGGAAGGGGACGCCGUGAAGAGAGAGAAGGGGGACGCGCCGGUAAAGGGACAGGAACUGAGCGCGAAACGCGUGCCAGGUUGGACAGAUCGUGUGCUCUGGGCGAGCAAUGGUGGGCAAGAGCAAGGAGAAAAGACGACGGGCACAACGGGAGCCGGGUCAGCAAGCGUUAUUCCGGGCAGACACGGCGUGCACGUCGAGCUCUUCCGCAGCAUCAUGGGUUACACGCUCUCGGACCACAAGCCCGUCACUCUCCUCGCAACCCUGCCGCGCGCACGGCAGUCCAAUUCCAACUUGGCGCCGUAUCGCCUCGACGGGAAUUACGCAGCGUACCGUGCGCUGGGCACUUUGCUGGACAGGCUGGUCGGGUACGCCUGGUGCGCCCUCGUUGCGGCAGGGGCGGGACAGGUGCUCGUGGGUGUGGCAGAGGUGGUCGUCAUUGCGUUGCUGAGUGUGUGGUGGCUGAGGACUGGUGGGCAACAAGGGGGAGGAGGGGAUCUGGGUUACUGGUUCUCAAGCCUCGCGGGAAGGCCGUGAUCGGCAGCGCUUGGGCUCUCUCUUGUGCACAUCUGUAGGCUUGAAAUUGUAUACCGUACCAUAUCGUG